AUGGAUUCCAUCCAGGGCAUAGUUGGCAGAUACCAAGACGCUAUCGAUGACUUCGACAUCAAAGAUAUAAUAGACUUUAAUUUUCUUGCCACUAGUGUUCAUCCAUUAGAAUCUCAUAAUGACCAGAUAACAGAUCUAUCUUUCAGAUCUCACAAUAGUUCUCAAGAAGACCAGCUCAAUUUUCACUCUUCAGACUGCCAUCUUCAGAAAAUCCAUACACUUCCAUCAUUAACUGAAGUGGUGGAUAUAGCAUGGAACCAGAUUGAUUCUCAGAAUCGAAAUGAAAUCAAGGCAAAGGACUUUUCAAAAGUGUUUGCAGUGAUUGAAUAUUUGUUGAACAAUUACUGCAGUGGUCUCUCUGGUAAUGCUAAGAAGUUUCAAUUUGAAAAUGUUAAAAUUUUAAUAGAUUCAAUGGCAGAAUCUAAUCAAGAAAUUCCGGUUACAAAAUCAGAGUUUAAAGAGUUAUUCGAUAACCUAUUUAUUGUUCCAGUUUUGCCUGAAAAACUAAACCAGGGAAGCAACCAAAAUAAGGAUAAAUAUGAUAUUAAUGAUGAUAAUAAAAUUAUUCCUCUUGAAUUUUGUACACCUGAUAACAAGAUUUCUUACACGUCUUCUUCCAAGGCUGAUGCCACUCAGCAAGGAGAUUUUAAUAAUGACAGUGGUGAACAGCGAAAUAAAUUCAAUAUCUCACUGAAAAAGCACAUUUUAAGCAAAAAAGGUAUUUUUAAAGAAACCAAUGCUCUGAAAUUAAUUGAAAUUGAAAUUGAUAAUGAUAGUGAUAAUGAUAAUGAUGAUAUAAUAAUUGCUUCAACUCCCUUGCCUAUGGAAUCAUUAUCCGAUUCGAAUUUCAAGUUUGUCGAUUCAAAACAUUCUCGGUUUCUGUCUAUGAUCACAAAUUCCACGAGUAACUCAAAAGAUAAUAAAGAGAAAUUGGGAUGGAAUAAAAGUAUUUUCAAUAGGAAUUUUCACGGUAUACGCAAGGAUAAGAAUACUGAUAUUAUGCCUACUAAAACAGAAAGCUCUAUUUUUCCUGCUUCUUCUGUUGCUUCAGUUAAUUACUGUGAUUAUGAUUACAAUGAGGAAAAAAACGAUGAGAAUAACGAGAUUCAUUCAAAUCAAAUCUACAAGUCAAAAGUAGAGGGAGAUCCGUUUGAAAUUAUUAAAAGAUUACAAGUUCAAAUAGCUCAAUUAGCAUCCCAAAACGAAAAACAAGAUGUUGAGAUUAAUCAUAGAGAUAAAUUGAUAGAGUCUAUGGAACUUAGGUUUCAAGAUUUGAAUGAAAAAUUAAAUAAAAAUCAACAACUACUAAGAGAAACCACAAAUCAGAAUAAAAACACAGAAAAAUAUAUUGCCGAAAUGGAAAAAGAAAAUAGUCAAAUACUGCUUAAGCUAUAUGAAACAAAAAAGACUCAAAAUGAUCAAAGUAAAGAACUAAUUAAUAAACCAAAUAAUUACUCAGUUAUAAAUAGCGGAAUUCCCAUUGUUGGCGAUAAUAUAAAUGAUGUAAAAGGUACUGAAAAAACUCAAAGUUCAUAUCAAGGUCUAAUUGGAAGAGAAGAAACACAGCAAAAGAAUCAUGAUUCUGUUAUACGCUUUUCUGAUAAAUAUAAAAAUCAAAUUGGAAAAAUUCAAAUGGAAACAGAAACUAAUCUUUAUAAGGAGAAACUUGUUGAAACUCUAAAGAUGUUAAAAAAUUAUUCGAAAGAAAAACAAGUUUAUAUCCAUGAAAUGGAAAAUUUGAAAUGUCAAUUACAGAAUUCGAUAUUUGAACUGCAUGCAAAACCAUAUGAUAGUCCAUUGAUUAUGAAAAAGCCAUUUUACAGCUCUAGGAAUAAUUUGAAAUUCAAAGCCGUUGCGUUGAUUGUAGUUGGAUUUGUGUAUUAUUUUGUAAGGGUUUUUUUUUAUGAGCCAAAUUAUCUUCAAAUGGCAGAAAAAGAUGGAGAAGAUGAUUCUCAUUGGCAUUUCAUCUAA